GCCUUCGUUCUCUUGUUAUUUAAAGUCAAAUAUUUGCCCCUUUUUAAAAAAAAUCUUUUCACUAGAAUUUUGAGUAAAGAAUAAUGAUGGAGAAAUUCAGGUCUCUAGCAUUCUUGAUUAUACUCUUGUUCUAUGUUCAGUCAGUAAAAUCAGAAUUUCCUCUGGCACCAGCAUUAUAUGUUUUUGGGGAUUCAUUAUUUGACAGUGGCAAUAAUAAUGUUUUGCCAACUUUUGCUAAGGCUGAUUUCAAGCCUUAUGGUAUAAAUUUCAAUGGAGGAGCUACUGGAAGGUUUACAAAUGGGAAAACUGUUGCUGAUUUUAUUGCUGAAUUUCUUGGAUUGCCCUUCUCUCCACCUUACUUGAGUUUACGAGGUUCAGUAAAACUCACAGGGUUAAAUUAUGCAUCUGGUUCAUGUGGUAUUUUGCCUGAAACAGGAAAUAUCAUCGGGAAGUGCCUGCAUUUAUCUGAGCAGGUUGAUUUAUUCCAACGAACGGUGGAGCAAGAAUUGCCUAAGCAAUAUGAUGAUCCUGAGGAGCUUUCCAGUUAUUUGUCAAGGUCCAUUUUUCUCAUCUCCACAGGCAGCAAUGACUACGUAAACAACUACCUACAGCAAAACUUCUAUGACAAAAGCAAACACUACAGUCCUCAAUCCUAUGCCAAACUUCUCAUUCAUGCACUUUCUCAACAAUUUCAGAGGUUAUAUCGGUUAGGAGCUAGAAAGGUAAUAAUGUUCGAGAUAGGGCCAAUUGGUUGUGUUCCAUCACUUACAAAGCAGCUAAAACACAAUGGACUUUGCGCUGAAGAAUAUAACAAUCUUGCGGUAAUCUUCAACAACCUGCUCCGUGACAUGCUCAACAAUCUCACUUCCACUCUCAAAGGCUCCGCAUUUAUUCUUGGCCAUGCUCACUGGCUUGGCUACGACGCUGUCACCAAUCCUUCUACUUAUGGUUUAAUGGAUCCAAUUGGUCCCUGUUGCGUCACUUGGGCAAAUGGGACAUCAGCUUGCAUACCUGAACUUGUGCCCUGCCGCAAUGCAGAUAAACACUACUUCUGGGAUGGUUAUCAUCUUACUGAAACCGUGUAUAGGUUUAUCGCCACAAAAUGUUUCAAUGGGACUGAUGUUUGUAUUCCCAAGAAUAUUAAGGAGCUUGUGGAAGAUUGACAAAUUAAAGACUUUGUUCUUUAAGGAAAAGUGUUUAAGCUCCAGUUAUAUAUGUACAACUACGUGUAAAAUGGACUUGGGAGAAGUUAGAAAAUUGAAAAGCGGACCAGUAGAAGUUUGAUAUGAAGGAUUGUUUAGUUA